AUGGGACAGGCCCCUCUGGAUGUCUUGCCCUCUGUGGAUGUGAAAGAGGCAGCUCCUGCGGCGGGGGCAGAGCCCCUCAGCUGCUACCCACCCACUGGCAACCUGCUUGUUGGUCGUGCCCGGAAUCUUCGUGCCGCCUCCGCCUGUGGACUCCAGGGCCCUGAGCCCUACUGCAUCGGCAGGCACCUGCACGUGAGGAGCAGGGAUGCUGAAAAUUGCUUCUUUUGUGACUUUCGGGACCGCGGUGGCCAUGGCAUUGAAAACGUGAUCUCCCGGAGUGGACCUGCUGGCAACAAGACCUGGUGGCAAGCUGAGAAUGGUGUUGAGAACGUCACCAUCCAGCUAGACCUAGAGGGUGCCUUCUACUUUACCCACCUCAUCAUGACUUUAAAGACAUUCCGCCCAGCGGCUCUGAGCCUGGAACGAUCAGUGGACCACAGCCACUCCUGGCACGUGUACCGAUACUUUGCCCACAACUGCUCACGCCUCUUUCCUGGGAUCCCUCCUGCCUCUGGCCAUAGAGCCGGUGACCUCGUCUGUGAUCUGCGUUUCUCAGACAUUGAGCCUUCCACUGAGGGCAAGGUAGUUUUCAAAGUUCUGGACCCAGACAUCCUGGUGGACAACCCAAACGACCCCAAGAUUCAGGAACUCCUGCAGGUGACGAACCUCCGUGUGAACUUCUCCAAACUGCACACACUGGGUGACAGGCCCCUGGGAGGCCUCAAGGGACACCCCUUCUAGUACUAUGCCCUCUAUGAGCUCGUGGCCAGAGGCAGCUGCCUGUGCCAUGGCCACGCCUCUGAGUGCAGGCCCGCCCCUGGGGCGCCCACCCGUGUGCCAGGCAUGGUGCAUGGCCUUUGCAUCUGCCACCAUCACACAGCGGGUACCCACUGUAAGCGCUGCCAGGACCUGCACCAGGACCGCCCGUGGCACCCAGCAGAGCCCAGGGACCCCCAUGCCUGCCGGGAGUGUGAAUGCCAUGGGCAUGCCCGCAGCUGUCAUUUUGAUAUGGCCCUGUAUCUGGCUUCUGGCAAUGUGAGCGGAGGCGUGUGUGAUGCAAGUCAGCACAACACGGCUGGGCACUGCUGUGAGCUCUGCCAGCCCUUCUCCCACCAAGACCCCCGGGAAGAUCCCCGUUCCCCUCACUCCUGCAAACCCUGCGACUGUGACCCUGUGGGUGGCCUGGAAGGGGGAUUGUGUGCCGCCCACACAGAUGAGACCCACGGCCUCCUGUCUGGGCAGUGUUGCUGCAAAGCCAAUGUCUGGGGCCAACGCUGUGACUCCUGCCGGCCGGGUCACUAUGGCCUGAGCCUUACGCAUCACUGCGCUAAUGACACAGGUACCCACACAGCCCCGCAGCAGACCAUUAGCAUCCUGAGAGCCCUGCGCCUUAGCCUGCAGCCCGAGUUCUGGGGUUUAAGCAGUGACUCUCUGGGCUGCAGGCCCUGUGACUGUGACUUUGGGGGUGCCUACAGCAACAGGUACAAGGGGAGGGCCUCUGUCUGUGCCAUCCCCACCUCCGUGGCCGCCGCUGCCAUGAACUCGUCUGGGCACUUCUGCAUUGCCCUCGACCAGGCCACUGCUGACGCUGAGCUUGGCCAGGGCCUCCAGCCAGCCGCCCCUCGGCUGCCUGCCCCAGAGGAGCCCGUGUCCCUGCGUCUGGGAGCCGGCCCCGCACUGCGGGCGGGCUUAGACUUUGCACCUGUGACCGACGGGGCUGGCCCCUCCCUGCUGGCUCCCACGGCGCCUUGUGCUCUGGAGUAUGAUAUUGUCCUGCGCUAUGAGACCCAGGCACCUGAAGACUGGCAGGCAUUAGUCAGCAUCCGGGCCCAAUCUCCGCCCAGCAGCACUCGCUGCGCCCACCUGCUGCCCUCAGAGCAUCUGUUCCAGGCCACCUUGACCCACGCACACAGCCUGGACAGUGAUGGCAGCCUUGGAACAGCAUCAGCAGCUGCUACAGAGCUAUAG